ACAGAAAUAUCAUUCCACAACCUACAUCCCAAAAUAUAUAUACUAAUAAUGCAUAAGCUAAUCUCAGCCCUUAAAACUACUUUCUCAUCCAACGGCUGCAAUUUCAGGAACAGAAGAACGACGUCGCAUGAAGUAGAUUCGUGACACAUUUGUGGAAUAAAGAAGGGAAGAGGAAAUGAAAGUUCCAGACUCAACAAGAUUGAAAAGGCUUACAUAAUCUCACCGAACGGUGUACAGGUGACAGAGACUUUGAAAUGGCGUUGGAGAAGGGGAGAGUUUGUGUGACGGGAGCUGGAGGUUUCCUUGGUUCGUGGGUAGUCAAGCUUCUCCUCUCUAAGGACUUCAUUGUUCAUGGAACUGUCAGAGACCCAUUGGAUGAGAAGUAUGCUCACUUGAAGAAGCUUGACAAGGCAUCAGAGAACCUGAAACUCUUCAAGGCGGAUCUACUGGAUUACAGCUCCCUUUACUCUGCAAUUGUAGGAUGCGAUGGAGUCUUCCACGUUGCUAGCCCCGUUCCUUCCUCCACUGAAUCAAACCCUAAGGUAGAGGUUCUCGAGCCCGCUGUGAAGGGCACGCUAAAUGUACUGAAGUCAUGCUUUGAAGCCAAGGUCAAGCGAGCUGUUGUCGUGUCCUCAGCAGCUGCUGUAUCGAUGAAUCCUAGAUGGCCCAAGCGUCAAGUAAAGGACGAGACUUGCUGGUCUGAUAAAGAAUAUUGCAGAAAAACCAAUAACUGGUAUUCUCUCUCAAAAACAGAAGCUGAAAGUGAAGCUUUGGAGUAUGCAAAGAAAACUGGGCUUGACGUUGUGACCAUUUGUCCUACCCUCAUUUUUGGGCCACUGCUUCAGUCCAAAAUGAAUGCAAGUAGCUUGGCUCUAAUUAAGCUUAUGAAAGAACGUUAUGAGACAACGGUGAAUAGGCUCCGGAUGAUUGUAGAGGUGCGAGAUGUGGCCGCAGCACUACUUUUGGUAUAUGAGAAACCUGAGGCUGAAGGCAGAUACAUAUGCACAGCACACCCUGUCACGACCCGGGAUCUGGUUGAGAAACUGAAGAGUAUUUAUCCAAACUACAAUUACCCCAAAAAUUACACUGACGAGGAUGAUGGAGGGCUGCUGACUUCAGAGAAGUUGCAGAGGUUGGGUUGGACUUUUCGGCCAUUAGAGGAAACCCUCGUUGAUUCCGUUGAAAGCUACCGGAAAGCUGGAAUCUUGGACUAAGAAAGUCAGCUGAUAGUGUGAUUGUUCUUGCUGCUCUUUUUCUUUUUUGUACAAACUUUGUAUCUUGAGUUGUACUUAAAUUGCAGGAAUUAGUUGUUUCUUGUACAUCCUUCUUUUACUAAACCUCUCCAUCAUUUGAAGGGAUCAUAUUCGUUGGUUGGGAGCGGC